AUGAUGGAAGCGGUGCCACCAGCCACUCCCCUCUCCAACAGCUCUAGACGACGGGCAAGAGAAAACGAAACACCCAGCCAGAGAGUAAAGCGAGAAAAGGCCGCUGAGCGUCAGCGGCGCAAACGCGAACGGGACAGAGCCAUAGGCCUCGGUCUCGUCGUUCUUGCUCACCAACAGCAACCAUCUACAUCACAGCAACCUGCAGCAGUCCAACAAUCCCAGCAAUCCCAACAACCGGCAGCUCCAGAGUUCGUUACCCACGAGAUGACCGCCGACGAAAUUGCUCGUCGCGAUCGUGUGCGUGCUGCAGCAAGGGAACGGCAGCGAAAGCACCGUCAGCUUGUAAAACAACGCAAGAUGCGCGAACUUGGCCUGGACAUGGGCAAUGAGCUCCUUCAGGGCAUGGACGAAGUCCAAUAUCGCCUUUCACAACAGCAGCCUGCAUUGGCGCCGCAUGAACCCCCGUUUCCAAAUGGCCAGCAGCACGGUGGCCAGACGUUUGCCACUACCUUACUACUCUCUUUUUCCUGCGCGCCGUUGCUUAAGCAGCACCUACUCCGGACUCUCAACAUGUCGAAUGAGGAGCUGGCGUCGUUUGAACCUAUCAUUGCCGACGCGUGGGAUCAGUGGAAUCACCAGCGUCAAUUACACUACGAGCAGCAGGCGGCAGCGGCAGCCAAUGGCGGACCUCCCCCUCCACCCGCUUUUACCGUCGACAUCGAACACAACACUACUGUGUACCAGCAGCCUCCCCCGCCGCCGGAUCCAACUAAUGAGUUCCGUGCGCGGUUCCAUCGCUCCCUCAUUGCACCGUCUCCCUUCCAGACAUCAUCACAACCGCCAGCCACCCCUGCCUCUGGGCCCGUUCCAGAUCAGAUCGACCCACAUCUCGCCGCACCUGGUACCAAAGGUAAGUAUUUGUUCUACCUUGUCAGGAUGUGUGACUAA